GAGCCAUGCAGAAUGGUAUGCGCCCAAGAAAAGGAAACAAGGUUGAGACCAAAGAGGCUUCCCAGCAAUCGGAGAGGGAGGAAAUGGAAGAAGGAGCUUCAGCAGCAGCUGAAGCCACUGAUGAGACCAGAGAGCCAACUCUGCAUGAUAUUGCUGGGAUUCUUCAGGCGUUCAUGGGACAACAGGAAGUUCGGGAGAAAAAGCAGAGAGAGGUUUCUGCACAACAAGAACAGCGCUUUAAGUGUUURCAACACCAGUUUCGGCUUUUGCAGAUGGAAAUGCAUGCCAGGACAACCCCGCCCCCUGAGCCCACAUCAACUGAUCCACAGCCUGUUGAAACUCACACUGAUCAGAUUCAAGCAACAUCUCAACCUGAGGACUCAGAUUUCAGCUCAACAGGUCAGUCUGUGCACGUWCAUCAUCCUAAAUUGGAAAAAUUAACUGCUGAAGAUGAUAUUGAACACUUUCUGACCACUUUUGAGAGAAUUGCAGCUGCUUAUCGUUGGCCAAAGUCAGACUGGAUUUUCCAUCUUAUUCCUCUUCUGACGGGUAAGGCUCGUUGUGCCUAUGUUAAUAUGGAUGUGGAUGAUUCCCUGGAAUAUGGAAAUGUAAAAGCUGCCAUUUUACAAAAAUAUGAUAUAAAUCCAGAAACUUACCGACAAAGAUUUCGCUGCCUUGAUGUUCUUGAUGAGAGUCCAAAGGAAUUAUAUUCAAGGCUGAAAGAACUUUAUGAGAAGUGGAUUCAGCCUAAAGAUAAAACUGUGAAACAAGUUGGUGAACUGAUUAUUCUGGAACAAUUUUUGAGAAUGUUGUGUCCUGAGCUUCAGGUCUGGAUCAAGGAGCACAAUCCGAAGUCUGCUGCAGAAGCUGCUACUCUGGCUGACGUGUUUGUAGCUGCCAGAAGUAGGAGUCAGCCAUGGAGCAACAGUGCAUGGAGAGCUGCCAAAGAUUCACGUCGGUUACAACCUCCUCAGCCUCAUCAAAAGUUAGCAAUGGGUGUGGGUAAGCCUUUYUUAAGAGAAAACCAGCCCUAUAAGGCAGGAAAAAGGCYUCCAGUGUGUUACCUCUGUGGACAAGAAGGUCACACCAAACCCAUGUGCCCCAAGAAUCAAAGUAAGCUAACUCAAAUGUGCUUUGUGCCUCAUCAGAAUGUGAAUAUUAAACCUGAAAUAAAACAGUCAAGUAAAAUUAUUGUAGUGAAGAUUGCUGGACAUGAAAUGAAUGCUUUAAUAGAUACUGGCAGCACACAGACUCUAGUGCACAAGAACCAUGUACCAACUAGUUGUAUAUGCCCUUCUGAAACUAUAUCAGUUUGCUGUGUACAUGGUGAUGAGAAAUCAUACCCCACUGCUGAUAUGUUUGUUGAGGUGCAGGGGGCUCCCUAUCUGUUGAAGGUUGGGGUAGCUGAUAACCUACCCUAUCCUGUAGUUUUGGGGGAGGAU